CCCUGUUAGCUUACCAUAGUUGUUAUCGUGGGGUUUUGCAACAAAGUUGGACGGAGGACGAAAACGACUAAGAAAAUGGAUGUCAAGGUCAUUAAUGCUAAAUCUGGCAAGGAGUUGCUGACCCUCCAUAAUCUUAACAAAGGAGUGACCAUUGAUGAUGUCAAGGAGGGUUUCUAUCAGAAGAAUAGGAAGUUUUACCCUGAUAGACAGUCAUUCAGGACAGAGCCAAAGGGUAAAUCUUUGAAGGGAGAUGCAACUUUAGGAUCCCUGGGUAUCACUCAUGGUGAUAGUCUUUACUUCAAGGAUCUAGGCCCUCAGGUUGGAUGGACUACGGUGUUUCUGACGGAAUAUUCAGGUCCUCUCUUUGUCUAUCUCCUGUUUUACUUGAGACCUUCAAUCAUCUAUGGAUCUGAUGCAUCACAGCCUCGUACUCUUGUGGCAAACCUUGCUAUGGGAUGUUGGACCCUUCACUACGCCAAGAGACUUCUUGAGACGGUCUUUGUUCAUCGCUUCUCUCACGCCACUAUGCCUAUCACCAAUAUUUUCAAGAAUUCUAUAUACUACUGGGGUUUUGCAGCCUUUGUUGCUUACUUCAUGAACCACCCAUUGUACACACCACCUACUUUUGGAGAUGGUCAAGUCUACUUUGGGCUCUUUAUGUUCUUGCUAUGCGAAUAUGGCAACUUCUGCAUCCACAUUGCCCUGCGUGACCUUCGACCCCCUGGCACCAGGGAACGACGUAUCCCGUACCCAACUGGUAACCCGAUGACCCAGAUGUUCCGGUUCGUCAGCUGUCCUAACUACACCUACGAGACACUAGCAUGGAUCAGUUUUGCUAUCAUGACACAGUGUCUACCAGUACUUCUAUUCUGCCUGGCUGGGUUUGGUCAGAUGGCUAUCUGGGCUGGUGGAAAGCAUCGUAACUACAAGAAAGAAUUCAAGGAAUAUCCAAGGGGACGGAAAACCAUUCUUCCAUUCCUUCUCUAAGCUCCUCCCCCUCUCCCAUUACCCCCUUCUUUCUCUCAAAUACCAUUUUGAAUCAUUCAAAUUAUCAAUGACUGUGUUGAGUUUCAGGUACUACACUGUAUACAUAAUUUGAGAUCUUUUUUCGAAUGUGUCAGGCAUGUUGGGUUGUUUGGGUUUUUUUUACUGAUUUAAUGACAAAGAUCAAUGCCAGAUUGAAAAAAAAUUAUUAUUUCAAUCAAAUUGAAUGAUCAAGUUUAUAGUUUGCCUUUGAAAAUUGUUUUUCAUGGGAGAUUUGCUUUCUGAAUUGAUGAAAAUCAGUAUUGCAAGAAAUGUAAAACAGACCUUCAUGUAUGGGUGUUAGAUAAUUUUGAUAUAACUCAUUUUCAAGAAAAUAGUUGUCAUGAUAAAAUCUAAUUUUGAUUGAGAAAUUGCAGGAAAGAUUUAAAUGGCAUUCCAUUUUGCAGAUGAAAUUAAUUUAUCAUUUAUGUCUUCUCCAUGAUAGAUAAUUAUGUAAUAUGGAAGUAAUUUUGAAUCAUUUUCAGUACAAAACCAAAUCAUUUUUGCUGUUGAAAGGAUUAAUAUGAAAAGCAUGUAGUAUUACCAGGAAGUAUUAAAACAGUUUUUU